AUGGCCUCUAACGAUAAUUUUGCACAAGAUGUUACUGAAAACCAAGUGAAUGGAAAUGGAGAAAACGGUGGAGGUGAUGGUCAAGAACAUAACAGCGCCGACGCCCCAGGACGCGAUGACGACAGAAAACUUUUUGUGGGAGGGCUCAGCUGGGAAACGACAGACAAGGAAUUGCGUGAACACUUCAGUGCAUAUGGAGAAAUUGAAAGUAUCAAUGUCAAGACAGAUCCUAACACGGGAAGAUCACGAGGGUUCGCCUUCAUUGUAUUCAAAGCCCCCGACUCCAUUGACAAGGUGAUGGCUGCCGGAGACCACACAAUUAACAAUAAGAAAGUAGACCCUAAAAAAGCGAAGGCUAGACAUGGGAAGAUAUUUGUUGGAGGUCUUAGUAGUGAAAUCUCUGACGAUGAAAUCAAAAAUUUCUUCAGCAACUUUGGAAAUAUUAUCGAAGUCGAAAUGCCUUUCGAUAAAACGAAGAACCAGCGGAAAGGUUUCUGUUUCAUAACAUUUGAAUCUGAGCAGGUGGUCAAUGAACUCCUCAAGACACCUAAGCAGACCAUCGCUGGCAAAGAGGUUGAUGUCAAGAGAGCGACUCCCAAGCCCGACGGCCCUGGAGGCAUGGGCGGGCGAGGAGGACGCGGCGGGCGGGGGGCGCGCGGGGGACGCGGCGGCCGCGGCGGGUACGGCGGACAGGGCGCCUGGGGCAACCAGGGCUACGGCGGGUACGGCUACGGUCAGGGAGGAUACGGCGGCGGGUACGACGGCUACGGCGGCUACGGCGGAUACGGAUACGACGGCUACGGCGGAUACGGCGGAUACGAUUACUCCGGAUACCCCAAUUACGGUAAACGCGGCAAGCAGCACUAUCCGUCCCCAUCCAUCCAUCCACCCACACCCACACCCACACCCACACCCAAACCCAUCCACCCUCCAUUCAUCCAAUCAUUCAUUCGUUCAUAUAACCUACCACCACGCCACACAACUAACACUACAGCGAUUUGUGUUACUGACACACGUCUCCCAGUCAAUAUAAUAUCUAGAGUCCUGACACAACAGACACCAGCUUAG